CUCUCCCAAACCCCUGUCUUGAUAAAACUCCGCAGCGCCGCCGUCAAAAGACCAAAUCUUUCGACGAAGAAUGUCUACCGGAGAGGAAGCUCAGAUAGAGAGAGGCACAAGAAAGAGGAGAGUCGGCGCAAAGAACGGCGGGAAGAAGAACAAAAAGUUCAAGACUUUACCUCCUUCCUCCUCCAACAGGUUCAAGCCUACAAAGAAGGACCAGAAGCUCUUCCAGCAGAGAAGGCGAGGCUACAACUCCGACGAAGACGAAGAAGAAGAUGAAUCCAAGAAGCCGCCGGAGGUAACCAUUCGCGAGAAGAUAUUCACCGAUGCUAACAUGGGUCCCAACUACGACGAGGUUGAAGAGGAAGAAGAUGGCUCGGACAGGGACGAGGGUUCCGAUGGGGAGGAUCACGGGGAGAUUCAGACUGGGAUCACGAGGUUUGGUAGUGAGGAUGGAUGUAAUGCCUUUAGAAUGGCUUUUAAGUCUAUCAUGAAGAAGACCAAAGGAGAAGAAGAUGCUUUGGGUCCUGUUUUGUCAGCACAUAAGAAUCUUAUAGCUCAGAAGCUAGCUGAAGAGGAAGCUGAGAAGAAGGCCAAGGGUCAGGCUAGGAAGGCGAAACAUUUGGUUGCUGAGAAAGGACAUGUUAAACCUGCAAACCAUUUGGAAUCCCAUGAGAAGAUUCUUAUAGGUGUUGCCACUAAAGGAGUGGUGAAGCUUUUUAAUGCAGUGAACAAGGCUCAACAUGCUCAGAAGGGUUUGAAUGCUUCAAGGUCAAAAGACUCUAAAGUGUUAAAGAAGCGAAGAAAAGAAGCAUUCUUCUCGGAGUUAGGAAAAACAUCGAGAACAGACUCCAAGGCUCAAAAAGCUUCAAAUUCCAAUGAAGACGAAGCUCCUGCGUGGGCUCCUCUACGUGAUAAUUACAUGUUAGCAAACCCAAAGCUCAAGGACUGGGACAAGAAACAGGAAACAAACGAGGGAGAUGAUUUUGCCGCAAUGUCAGGAGAUGAAAGUUAUGAAGACUAAGCUACCACUUUGUAGUAGUUACGUAUUUUGAUAGUGCAAAAGGAACUUGAAACCAAGAUAAUGCAAUACAAAGAUUUAACAAAAACAGUUAUGAUUCUUGUGGCUGGCUUUGGAAAAAUUCACUUCUAAUACAUAAAUAUAGAACA